UGCCUGACUCCAUACCCACAAUUUUCCCUGUUGACAGGAAGCCUUGAGCAAUUUAGCCACCCUUCACCCUUUUCCUUUGAAGCUGGGGAGAUGACCCAUCAGUAAAAAGGAACCCCUGGGGUCUUAGGUGAAGAACCAGCCCGGCCAUGGAUGCUACCAAUGAGUCUUCAGAGGGAGCCCCAUUCAUCCUGCUGGGACUGACAACAAGUCCUGAACAGCGGCGGCCUCUCUUUGGGUUAUUCUUGGUCCUGUACGUAGCAGGCAUCCUGGGUAAUGGACUCAUCGUGGCCGCCAUACGGGCCAGUCCAGCCCUUCGUGCACCCAUGUACUUCCUGCUGGCCCAUCUGUCCUUUGCUGACCUCUGCUUUACCUCCGUCACUGUACCCAAGAUGUUGACCAACUUGUUGGCCCAUGACCGCUCCAUCUCCGUGGCUGGCUGUCUGACCCAGAUGUACUUCUUCUUUGCCCUGGGUGUAACCGAUAGCUGUCUCCUGGCUGCCAUGGCCUAUGACCGCUAUGUGGCCAUCCGCCACCCCCUCCACUAUGCCACAAGGAUGUCCCGGGCCGUGUGCAAAGCCCUGGUGGGGAACGCAUGGCUGGUGUCCCACGUCCACUCCCUCCUGCAUAUCCUGCUUAUGGCCCGCCUGUCCUUCUGUGCCUCCCACCAUGUGCCCCACUUCUUCUGUGACCACCAGCCUCUCUUAAGGCUCUCGUGCUCUGACACCCGCCACAUCCAGCUGCUCAUCUUCACUGAGGGUGCCGCGGUGGUGGUCACUCCCUUCCUGCUCAUCCUUGCCUCCUACGGGGCCAUCGCAGCUGCGGUGCUCCGGCUGCCGUCAGCCUCUAGGAGGCUCCGGGCUGUGUCCACCUGUGGCUCCCACCUGGCAGUGGUGAGCCUCUUCUAUGGGACAGUCAUUGCAGUGUACUUCCAGCCCACAUCUCGGUAUGAGGCAGAGCGGGGCCGUGUGGCCACUGUCAUGUACACCGUAGUCACCCCCAUGCUAAACCCUGUCAUCUAUAGCCUCCGGAACCGUGACGUGCAGGGGGCACUCCGAGCCCUCUUCACUGGGCGGAGGAUCUCAGCUGGCGACUCCUAAGGCCUAGACCUCACCAAGCACAGGCUACAUCACCCACGGUGACAACUCAUGAAUGUGAUCAUCUGUUCUAUGCUUUUUUCCAAAAUGACAAUAACAGCUAUCACUUUCCAGGCACCCACACCGUGAAGCAGAGCUUUGCCUGAUCUUACGUGAUUCCCACAAAAACCAGGGAAGCGGUUGUUAUGAUCCCGUUUCAUAGAGGAGGAAACUGGAUUCAAAGAGAAGAACUGACUUUCCCAAGCUUACAUAAUUUUUAGGUGGCAGAGCUUGGACCCUUUCUGCCACAUCAUUCCCUCUUCCAACAUUCACUCCCAGGCACUUAGGGAGUCCGCUAUCAUUUUCUG